AUGCGUCUUGAUGAGAGGUAUGUUCCGUACUUGCAGAUGGCCGGACUUUACCAUCUUGCGAGACUGAACGACAGAUGGUUCCGACUAGACGAGCCCCUAGUCAGCGCAUUCGUCGAGAGGUGGCGGCCUGAGACGCACACCUUCCACAUGCCCUUCGGAGAGUGCACUAUCACGCUUCAGGACGUCGCAUACCAGCUGGGGUUGCCAGUCGACGGAGAUUACGUUAGUGGGUGCCUUACCGACUUCCACCUUUACAUUGAGGGUGGGAGACCUGCUUGGCAGUGGUUCCAUGAGUUGCUCGGUGUUUUACCUCCCGAGAACCAGGUGCAGAAAUUCGCAGUCAACUGCACCUGGUUUCAGGAGACAUUCGGGGAGUGUCCAGAUGGGGCAGAUGAGGAGACGCUGUUUGCCGACAAGUCCGGCAAUCGUAUACACAUCAGAUGGCUACCUUAUGUUGCUCGGCUUGAGGAGAUGGGUCGCUACAGUUGGGCGUCGGCGGCACUAGCAUGGCUGUACAGGUGCAUGUGCCGAGUCGCCAACAGACAUGUGGUGAAGUUAGCUGGCCCGUUACAGUUAUUACAGUCUUGGAUCUUCUGGAGGUUUCCCACUCUUAGACCAUCUGGGUAUGAUGAGAUCAGCUGGCCCCUUGCAUCGAGAUGGUCUGGUUACAACCCUGGGAUUAGCAACAAGGGACCUCGGGUACAGAUGGCUCGCAUGAAGAUCGACUUGUUACAGCCUCGGCAGUUUAUAGCUCUUAACUAA